GCAAGUCAGUCACAUUUAAGACGAACUAGAAACAUGGUCAAGAUUAGCUGUUCGCUGCUGGUGCUCCUUUCGCUUUGCGCUUGUUCAUACGCUCAAUAUGAGUAUCCACAGCAGCGCCCUUCGCCGGGAACUGGAGCUCAGCCUACUGGUGGGCAAGUAGACAAUCGUAUCCUUGGAAAUCUCCUCGGUGGCGGAGGAGGACUCCUUGGAGGCGGCGGUGGCGGUGGAGGACUUUUCGGAAAUUUAUUGGGCGGCCUUUUGGGUGGCAAUCGUCCGCAACCGCAGCCCUACCCAGUGCCAGUUCCCGCAUAUGGGGGCGGAUUCGGCGGUGGAUACCCAAUCGGAGGAGGCGGAUAUGCUGGCGGUCUUCCUGGUGGUUAUCCAGGUGGCUUUGGCGGCGGCUUCGGUGGCGGAUACGGCAAUCCAUACGGUGGAUAUUAUGGCUAAGACCACAAUUUUGGUACCUCUAAAAGUAUUAUUUGAUUUAUAAGUUGUUGACAUUGACCAUUUAAUUAAAAUUCAUG